CAAAGAUCUCUGCUGUUGCUGCUCCACACUGCUCGCCGUCGACACUUUUCAUGCGAUUGCAGGCAGUGUUAAGAGUUUUAUAACAAAACAUGGCGAAUUUUGCCAAACCAGAGAAUGCUUUGAAGCGUGCAGAAGAGUUGAUUAAUGUUGGGCAGAAGCAAGAUGCUUUGCAGGCGCUUCACAAUCUAAUAACUUCGAAAAGAUACAGAGCUUGGCAAAAGCCUCUCGAAAGGAUAAUGUUCAAAUAUGUAGAGUUGUGUGUUGACAUGCGCAAAGGUCGGUUCGCCAAGGAUGGCCUGAUUCAAUACCGUAUUGUAUGUCAGCAAGUUAAUGUUAGUUCCUUGGAGGAGGUGAUCAAGCACUUCAUGCAUCUUUCUACUGAGAAAGCUGAGAAGGCUCGUAGCGAGGCACAAGCCCUAGAAGAAGCUCUUGAUGUCGAUGACCUUGAAGCUGAUAAAAGGCCAGAAGAUUUAAUGCUAAGUUAUGUCAGUGGUGAGAAAGGAAAGGAUAGGUCCGAUCGUGAACUUGUUACUCCUUGGUUCAAGUUUCUUUGGGAAACCUACAGAACAGUGCUUGAAAUAUUGCGGAACAAUUCCAAGUUAGAGGCACUCUAUGCGAUGACAGCACAUCGGGCCUUCCAAUUUUGCAAGCAGUAUAAACGAACAACAGAGUUCCGAAGGUUGUGCGAAAUCAUAAGAAACCAUUUAGCUAAUCUAAAUAAAUAUAAAGACCAAAGGGACAGACCUGACUUGUCAGCACCAGAGAGCUUGCAACUUUAUCUUGAUACAAGAUUUGAGCAGCUAAAAAUUGCUACUGAACUUGGACUCUGGCAGGAAGCCUUUCGUUCUGUUGAAGAUAUUUAUGGAUUGAUGUCCAUUGUCAAGAAAACCCCCAAGGCUUCCUUGAUGGUGGUUUAUUAUGCCAAGUUAACAGAAAUAUUUUGGAUUUCAGGAAGCCAUCUUUAUAAUGCUUAUGCAUGGUUGAAGCUAUUUACACUACAAAAAAGCUUCAAUAAAAACCUGAGCCAGAAAGAUUUGCAGUUGAUAGCAUCAUCAGUUAUUUUGGCUGCACUGUCAGUGCUCCCUUAUGAUCAGACACAUGGUGCGUCACAUUUGGAACUUGAAAAUGAGAAAGAGCGCAACAUUCGAAUGGCAAAUCUUAUAGGAUUUAAUCUUGAAACUAAACUUGAGAACAGAGAAGUGUUUUCAAGAUCAUCACUUCUCACAGAAUUGGUCUCCAAAGGUGUACUUAGCUGUGCGACUCAAGAAGUGAAAGACCUUUACCAUCUUUUAGAACAUGAUUUUCUCCCUCUGGAUGCUGCGUCGAAGAUACAACUUCUGUUUCUGAAAAUAUCAAAACUCGGUGGGAAGUUAGGUUCAGCUUCAUCUGUACCAGAAGUUCAACUCUCUAAAUAUGUUCCUGCUCUUGAAAAGCUUUCUACCUUAAGGUUGCUUAAGCAGGUGUCCCAUGUUUACCAGUCGAUGAAAAUUGAGAGUAUGUCUCAGAUAAUUCCCUUUUUUGAUUUUUCUAUGGUGGAAAAGAUUUCUGUUGAUGCUGUGAAACACAAGUUCAUAGUCAUGAAAGUUGACCACAUGAAGGGUGUUGUGGUGUUUGGUGAUAUGGGUCUUGAAUCUGACAAGCUUCGUGAUCACCUGACUCUUCUUGCUGAAUCUUUGAAUAAAGCAAGAGCCAUGAUAUAUCCCUCUACCGAUAAAGCAUCAAAACUGAGUGAGGUUUUACCUGGUUUAGGAGAGAUUGUAGAUAAGGAGCACAAAAGGCUUCUUGCUCGGAAAUCAAUAAUCGAGAAAAGAAAGGAAGAACAAGAACGUCAACUGUUGGAAAUGGAACGUGAGGAGGAGUCAAAGAGGCUGAUGCUGCAGAAGAAAACUGAAGAAGCUGAAAAAAAGAGGCUUGUUGCUGUCUUUGAGCAUCAGCGUGCUGAAAGAAUUCGUAAGGAAAUAGAGGAGCGGGAACUUGAAGAGGCACAGGCUCUGCUACAGGAAACUGAAAAGCAUUUGAAAAAAGGGAAAAAGAAACCAAUUUUAGAUGGGGAGAAAUUGACAAAGCAAACCUUGCUUGAGCGUGCAAUGAAUGAGCAGCUAAAGGAAAGACAGGAACAGGAGAAGAGACUACAAAAAGUGGCCAAAACAAUGGACCACCUUGAAAGAGCAAAGAGAGAGGAAGCAACGCCCUUGAUUGAAGCUGCUUUUCAACGACGGUUGGUAGAGGAGAAGGUGCUUCAUGAACGUGAGCAACAGUUGGAAGUUGAGUUGAGCAGACAGCGCCAUGAUGGGGACUUAAGAGAGAAGAAUAGAUUGAUACGUAUGCUAGAAAACAAGAUGAUAUUCCAGGAAAGAGUAAUAAGUCGUCGGCAAGCUGAGUUUGACCAACGGAAAGUAGAGAGGGAAGAAAGAAUCAAACAAAUAAUUCAAGCCCAGAAGCAAGAAAGAGAUCUUAAGAGAAAGAAAAUAUUCUAUGUGAGGUCCGAGGAGGAGAGAAUAAGAAAGCAACUUGAAGAAGAAGAAACUCGCAAACAUGAAGAGGCUGAGAGACGAAGGAAAGAAGAAGCUGAAUACAAAGCGAAAAUGGAUGAGAUAGCUGAAAAGCAGAGGCAGAGAGAACGAGAAUUGGAAGAGAAGGAGAAGCAGAGACGAGAAGCUCUCUUGGGAAGGCCCACAGAGGGUGUUGCUAGGCCUUCUGAGCUACUGUCUGGGUCCCGGAUAACUGUGCCUGGAAAUACUGUUCCAGCUGCUGCUGCUGCUCCAGCUUCUGGAAAAUAUGUUCCUAGGUUCCGUCGAGAAAGACCUGAUAGCUCUGGUCCACCACCUCCUUCGGAACCUGAUAGAUGGGCUGCUGGGAGCAGGCUCCCUCCACCACAAUCUGAUCGCUGGACUAGUGGCGGUAGGGCUCCACUGCAGGAUCCCGAUCGAUUAGGCGGUGGUGGUAGCAGGGCCCCACCUCCAAGUUCUGAUCGUCCAGGUGUUGCUGGGGGCAGCAACAAGCCAGAACCCUGGCGACCUUCCAGAGCUCGAAACGCAUAACGUGGUUAAUCCGACUUUCUGAUGGUGAUUGGUAUUCUCAAUUUUUUGUACCAAACUACUUAAGGUCGUUUGUGACACAGGACAAGUUGGUCCCUUAUU